AUGCGCGGGAGCCCUGCUGGGGCGUCGUUCUCUGCAGCGGCGUACCUGGCUGAUGUGUUCAAGCUCAAGCUUGCGGAUCUGCACGAAGGUCUCGUGGAGGCUGACAUCAAGGAGUGGCUGGUGGCCGAGGGCGACGAGGUGGGUGAGUUUGAGGACCUGUGCUUUGUCAUGACCGACAAGGCGUCGACUGAGAUCUCGUCGCCGGUCGACGGCAAGGUGCUGAAGAUCUACCACCCGGAGGGCUCGACCGCCAAGGUCGGCGAGGUCUUGGUCGACAUUGAGACCGACGGGCCUGUGGCCGGUAGUGAGGCGGAGGCAGCUCCGGCCGCCGAGCCGGAGUCUGCGCCAGAGCCUGCAGCUGCGGCGGCGCCGGCUGGCGGCGCCGGCGGCGAGUACGACGAGCAGAUGAUCACCAACGCGGCUGGCAAGUCGCGGCGGGUUCCGGCGACGCCUGCUGUCCGCGGCCUGGCGCGCAAGCACAAGAUCGACCUCAGCCAGGUCGCCGGCAACGGCAAGGACGGCCGGGUGCUCAAGGGCGACAUCCUCAAGUUUAUCGAGUCUGGCGGCGCCGAGGGUGGCUUGGCACCUGCGGCGCCGCAGGCGCCUGCGGGCGGCGCGGCGCGGGCGCCGGCUGCCGUGGUUCCGGGCGAGUCGCGGACCGAAAAGGUGGCUCCGGUCACCAAGGCCAUGAUCCGGGUCAUGGAGGAGGCCAACGCCAUCCCGCACUUUGGCUACUCGGACGAGAUCACGCUUAACUCGCUCAUUGAGACCCGACUCCGGCUCAAGCCUGUGGCCGAGGCCCAGGGCAUCAAGCUCACCAUGAUGCCGCUGUUCAUCAAGGCCGCGUCCAUGGCCCUCACCGAGUACCCGAUCCUCAACUCGUCGCUCUCGGGCGACAAGUCUGAGAUCACCUACCACGGCUCGCACAACAUCUGCGUCGCCAUGGACACGCCCGACGGACUCACUGUUCCGUCGAUCAAGUCUGUUGAGCAGCUCUCCAUCCUCGACAUUGCCGCAGAGCUCAAUCGCCUGCAGGAGCUCGGCGCCGCCGGCCGUCUCUCGCGUGGCGAUCUCGAGGGCGGCACCUUCUCGCUCUCCAAUGUCGGCAACAUCGGCGGCACCUACCUGUCGCCCGUCAUUAUUCCGGGCCAGGUCGCCAUUGGCGCCAUCGGCGCUCUCCGUACCCUGCCGCGCUUUGACGCCGAGGGCAAUGUCAUCCCGGCCAAGGUUAUCAACGUCUCCUGGUCCGGCGACCACCGCAUCAUCGACGGCGCCACCAUGGCCCGCUUCUCCAACGUGUGGAAGAACUACCUCGAGAACCCGGACACCAUGAUCCUCAACCUCAAGUAAACACCAAUGUGGUUG